AUGGAGAGGAUGAGUGGUGAGGUGUCGCCCAAGGCCGCCGACGCCCGAACCACCCGUGGCUGCUGGCGUUGCGCGUCCCAGGGGCUUGGUGUCCCCUCCGCGGAGCUCGCCGAGCGGCUCUGCUGCAACGAGAGCAGCGGCGGCGGCCACCGUCACCCUUUGGGCAAGUGGGCCGCCGAGAUCCGCGACCCCGUCAAGGGCGUCCGCAUCUGGCUCGGCACCUUCCCCUCCGUUGAGGCCGCCGCGCUCACCUAUGAUGCCGCAGCGUGCGACAUCCACGAGCCUAGAGCCAAGCUCAACUUCCCCCCGCCGCUGACUACAAGCACAGCCACAUCGCUGAGGUCGUUGACCUUGUUGCGGCAAGGAGGACGGGCGGGAGGAUGA